GAUCAAGGGAUGCGUGAUUUGAUAAAACAAUUAGAUGCAACACAUUUGGAUCAUGAUCAAAGUUUACAGGAGAAAACGAAACCUCCAGAGCGUUCAUUAUUACAUCGUGCAUUUCGCAAACACGUCCAUAUAGGUAACGAAAUCAGAGAUUUCAAUAAAAAAGAAGAAGUCAUUGGGAUUAUAGCUGAAGAAGAAGGUGCGCCACGUAUAAAGUGCAUCAAAGACGAAAAAUUGUAUUCAACCUUUAAUGCAUUUUUCAUGGCACAUUACGGGGACCGUCCAAGACCAACUUACCGUGAGAAAAUUCGCAUUGUAAAUUAUAUUUCUUACGAAGAAUUGAGUGAUCUUUAUGAUAAACCUCAAAAAGAGAAAGAGCAGGAUAAGAAAUAA